AUCAGCUCACAAGCCGGUUGCCAUGACAGUGGCUUCAUGGUGUGGGGUGAGCGAGCAGGCCUGGGUCUGGACGGCGCAAGAGUGUAGCUUUGUAGCUUGAUCGUGUCUAGACCCCUCUCGCUCAUGACGAUUCCCGAUAACCCCUAUCACUUUGGCACAAGGUUUGAAUGACGAGGAAUUCUGCGAUGUGUGGUUAUCGACGUUCUCACAAACAUAUGAGUGGAAGCUCUGUUGGAUUGUGACAAGUUAUCAUGGUUCUAAGUUGUUCGAUGGUUGCAGAGAAGGGAAUGCAUGGCCCCGCGAAGAGCAUUAAACGAUUCCGGAAGUAACGAUUCCGGAAGUAAGCUGGGGACCGAGUGAGCUGCCACCUAGAGCAUGAUCGUGAUCGACACCAUCGUAUCCUUUUCAGAGACCAGACCAUGGACUCUGUGAGUGCACUUUGGGCGUACGUCGCUUAUAGUGAUAACAAGGAGAAGGAAGCUAGAAAGGACGAUCCAGAAAUGAUCUUUCCCGAUCAGCAAGAGUAAGAAGACUGGUCAGACUCUAAGUUCCGAUAUUUCCUGUAUUUCCUGUAUCUUCGGUUCAUAUACAUGGGAAAUUGUUAGGUGUAUUGGAAGAAGGCCAGAAACUUUAGCGUCUAAGCUCAAUGGCGGCCCAUUAUCAAGAAAGUGACGCAAAUGUGUGGAUGAUCAACAAACGCGUCAUCCUUGGAAGCCUGGUCUCUGGGAUGUACGAGAGGUUCAGAGGCAAACCUGCACCAGUAUACCAGGAAUGGUGGACCAAGGUGCACUAUGAUCUGAUCCCGUUGGAGUCAGUAUUGCCUAGGGAGAAGCUUGAUCUCUAUGCAGCAGAACUGGAGAAUGAGCAUAAAAACAAGUACUUCGGUGUCUUCCGACGGAAUAAAGAGAGUCCUUCAGCCGAGGCUCCAAACUGGGUAGUCGCCAUCCGGGGAACUGAGCCCCCGACUCCGGCGGAUCUCAAAAACGAUUUCAAGAUCGUUCUGGAGAAACUGCACUCUUCAAAAAUGAUCCCAAUUCUGCAUGCUGUGGUCUGGCAUCUCGGAAGGCAACAUGGGAACUGCAACGUGAACGUGACGGGUCAUUCACUCGGGGCCGCAGCGGGCUUGCUGGUCUGUCGAAGGCUGGCACUGGAGGGCUGUCUGGUCGAGGGCCACUUCUUCAAUCCUCCGUUCACCACUCUGGAAUCGCUGGCGCGCACCUGUGCACAUGCUGUGGAACAUGCUUUUUUCGGGGCAUUCCCGGCCGCAAAAAGCAUGGAAAAAAUCCAUGACGCUGUUGAGUGGCUCGAAGGCAAAGUUUUCCAUGCACUGACCGACACCGACAAGAGAAAGAAUGAAUUAGCCGAGCUCAAGAAACUGGCCGAAGCCAAUUGGUCUCCGUAUCUCUAUGUGAACAAAUAUGACCUCCUUUGCUGUAAGUUUCUCUCACCAUUCAGGAAAUCAAUCCACGGAACCGUCGACAAGGGUCGGAAGAAGUGGUAUACUUCCGGGAACGAGAGUAGCGAGAAGUGUCUGGGAGAGACGGAGUCGUUCGUUCUGUUUCCUUUUGCAAAUUUGAUUGUAAUUGGGACGUACUGGCUCCGGCCCAUUUCAGCACACAGGUUGAGGAACUGGAUGGAUCCACAUGUCUCAUGUAAAUUCGUGCCGGCCAAACUCAUCGAAUGGCCUUAGAUCUAGAAGGGCAUGAGCCGAAGGCCGAAAACUGAUUGGACCUUGCAGGGCUAAGAGUACCGGAGCCUCAGCACACUCCAUGUUCCAGUGCUCCCUGCACUGCGUUCCCGACACAGACGAGAUCGGGGCGAAGCCUCCGAUCAAAUAAUUUCUCAUCAAGGAUUCCACAACCACUAGUGCUUAUAUGAGGAUCUGAUAGUAAAAACUGAAAGAAGUGUGUGAUGUGAAAAUUUUGCGUGUGUAGCAUAGAAGUUUGUCGUAAGUCCUCCAAGGCCUCUGUCAUUCUGAUUGUCCACUUCGUCGGCGGCGAGGAAGUGGAGAAUCAGAAUGAGCUUCAGAACUCCGAAGCCCUUAUAUUAGAAAGCUCCAUUGCCCAAAAUUCUUUUCCAGGGAUAAAAGUUGGGUCCAGUUUCGAUCCACCUCGGAUAUUGACAUAGUUGCAUCACAUGUAGUGUGCACUUUAGUGUGUUAAUGUCCGCUUUUAGGCCAUUAUUAGAACUUCACAUGAAGCUCGAAUCUAAAGUCAAUUUCUCAAACCUCUCAAAUGUAGUAUGCUGCUUGGUAGUUUUGAAGGAUACUGUACUGAGACUGUAUCAUAGCUCCCGCCAGUUAAACGGAAGAAUAACUGGGGAGGUGAUUACGGAUAGAAAAACCGAGAGACAUGGAACGAAGACUAGAUCACAAGCAUAGACGAUAACAUCUUCUGCGGUACAAAUUAAAGGCCAUCGAAGUAUAUAGAGAACCCCACCAACCGCCCAAAGUACAUAGAUUCUCUCUUUCUCUCUCCUGAAAAAUGGCUAUGUAUCCUCUAUUGUAAAUGCU